AAGAGAAGAAGAAGAAGAAGUGUAGAGACCGUGGUAUAGGGCGCAAAAUUAUAUUUCAAUACUUGAGCGCCGCUUUUAGCGCCUCCGGCUGUGCAUCGUUCAAAGGUUUUGUUAUUGUUUAAAUUAUUAAAGGAUUUUAUUCCUCCCAGAAAAUUGAUGUCUCGCAGCCGAAUUUUUCGUCCUCUAUUCAAUAAAUAAAUUAAAGUAUUAAAGGUGGACAUUUGUCGCGAUUAUGGACCCUGGAAGUGGAAGGAAGAAAUAAUAUGGUUUCAGGUUGGAGAAAUCUUUGCUGCUGCCGGUGCAGCUUUCAAUCAGUUGGGAGAACUCACCAUGCAAUUGCAUCCAACUACGGAUUCACCUGCUGGUAAAUGGACUGACGAGGAAAUUGAGAUGCUGAGACAAACAGUAAAGACAUUCGGCGAAGACUUGAACAAAUUAAGCCAGCACAUCAAGGGAAGAACGGUCUCGCAAAUUCGUUCAACUUUGAAGAAAAAAGCUUUCGAAGAAGCUGGGGUACCCAUGAGGAAUCCGUCGACUCCGGUUGGCCAGGCUAAGCAACAGUCACAACCAACAGUGGCUACAGGAAAUCAAGGACUUAUGGGGAAAUCAGCCGAAGUGACUUUGAACAUGCUCAAUGCUCCUGAAUCCGAAGUUGACGUUGAGGGAUUGCACGAAGAGUGCCAAGUCAAACUAGAAUUCGAAGGUGCCACCGAGGAAGUCGCUUCGUAAUAAUCAGAUUUCUGAUUCUCUCUCUCUCUCUCAUUCAACUCUCUCUCCGCUCUCAUCACUGAAUUGCUCUUAUUAGCAAUUUGGUUUGAGAACCACAACGAUAAAUUGUACAUGUAUCAUUGUAUUUUAUUACUCGAAUAGAUACGUUGUAAGUAAAAUA